AUGUCGAAGUCAGAGACUCCUAAAGAGCCUGAACAACUGAGAAAACUAUUCAUCGGAAAGUUGAGCUUUGAAAUGACAGAUGUAAGUCUGAGGAGCCAUUUUGUGCACUGGGGGAUGCUCACAGACUGUGUGGUAAUGAGAGAUUCAAACACCAAGCGUUUCAGAGGCUUUGGAAAUGUCACAUACUCAAUUGUGGAAGAGGUGGAUGCAGCCAUGAAUGCCAGGCCUCACAAGGUGGAAUGGAAGGUUGUGGAACCUAAGCAGGCUGUCUCGAGAGAAGAUUUUGCAAGACCAGGUUGCCACUUAACUGUGAAAAAGAUCUUUGGUGGUGGAAGUAACAAUGAUUUUGGCAUUUACAAUACUUUAAAUUUUGGACCCAUGAAGAGAGGAAGCUUUGGCCCUUAUGGUGGUGGAGAUCAAUAUUUUACCAAAACAUGAAACCAAGGUGGCUCUGGUGGUUCAAGCAGCAGCAGCAGUAGCUAUGGAAGUGACAGACAGUUUUUAAUAACUGCCAGGAAAUAAAGCUUAGCAGGAGAGGAGAGUCAGAGAAGUGACAGGGAAGCUACAGGUCACAAAAGAUUUGUGAACUCAGCCAGGCAUGGUGAAACUGACUCUUUUCCUCUUUCUUUUGGUCAGUGUGCUGGAGAAGAGCAGCGAGUUGGUACACGCACAGUGUUUGUUGGCAACCAUCCAGUUUCAGAAACAGAAGCUUACAUUGCCCAGAGAUUUUGUGAUAAUAGAAUAGUCUCAUCCAAGUAUACACUUUGGAAUUUCCUCCCAAAGAAUCUGUUUGAGCAGUUUAGAAGAAUUGCAAAUUUUUAUUUUCUCAUCAUUUUCCUUGUACAGGUCACAGUAGACACACCAACCAGCCCAGUUACCAGUGGACUUCCACUGUUCUUUGUUAUAACUGUUACAGCCAUCAAGCAGGGAUAUGAGGAUUGGUUGAGACACAGAGCUGAUAAUGAGGUCAAUAAGAGUACUGUUUACGUUAUUGAAAAUGCCAAGCGAGUGAGAAAAGAAAGUGAAAAAAUUAAGGUUGGUGAUGUAGUAGAAGUGCGGGCAGAUGAAACCUUUCCCUGUGAUCUUAUUCUUUUAUCAUCAGGCACCAGUGAUGGAACCUGUUAUGUCACUACGGCCAGUCUCGAUGGGGAAUCCAAUUGCAAGACACAUUAUGCAGUACGAGAUACCAUUGCACUGUGUACAGCAGAAUCCAUUGAUACUCUUCGAGCAGCAAUUGAAUGUGAACAGCCUCAACCCGACCUCUACAAGUUUGUUGGGCGAAUCAGUAUCUAUAGUAAUAGUCUUGAGGCUGUUGCCAGGUCUUUGGGACCUGAAAAUCUCUUGCUGAAAGGAGCUACACUAAAAAAUACCAAGAAGAUAUAUGGAGUUGCUGUUUACACUGGAAUGGAAACCAAAAUGGCUUUGAACUACCAAGGGAAAUCUCAGAAACGAUCUGCUGUUGAAAAGUCCAUCAAUGCCUUCCUGAUUGUGUAUUUGUUUAUACUACUGACCAAGGCUGCAGUGUGCACUACCCUAAAGUAUGUUUGGCAAAGUAAUCCACAUCAUGAUGAACCCUGGUAUAACCAAAAGACCCAGAAGGAACGGGAGACUUUGAAGGUUUUGAAAAUGUUCACUGACUUCCUGUCAUUUAUGGUUCUAUUCAACUUUAUCAUUCCCGUCUCCAUGUAUGUCACAGUAGAAAUGCAGAAAUUCUUGGGCUCCUUCUUCAUUUCAUGGGAUAAAGAUUUUUAUGAUGAAGAAAUUCAUGAAGGAGCCCUGGUUAACACAUCAGACCUUAAUGAAGAACUUGGUCAGGUGGAUUAUGUAUUUACGGAUAAGACUGGAACACUUACUGAAAACAGCAUGGAAUUCAUUGAAUGCUGCAUAGACGGACAUAAGUAUAAAGCUGUGACUGAGGAAGUUGAUGGAGUUUCCCAAACUGAUGGGCCCUUAGCAUACUUUGAACAAGCAGAUAAGAAUCGAGAAGAGCUCUUUUUGCGUGCUUUAUGCCUGUGUCAUACUGUAGAGAUCAAAACCAGUGAUGCUGUUGAUGGAGCUACAGAAUCCGCUGAACUAACCUAUAUCUCCUCUUCCCCAGAUGAAAUAGCACUGGUGAGAGGCGCUAAAAAGUACGGGUUCACCUUUUUAGGAAGUAGGAAUGGCCAUAUGAGAGUAGAGAACCAAAGAAAAGAAAUAGAAGAGUACGAACUUCUUCACACCUUGAACUUUGAUUCCGUUCGCCGCCGCAUGAGUGUAAUUGUGAAAACUCGGACAGGAGACAUAAUUCUCUUUUGUAAAGGUGCAGACUCCGCUGUUUUCCCCAGAGUUCAGAAUCAUGAAGUUGAGUUGACUAAAGUCCAUGUGGAACGCAAUGCCAUGGAUGGUUAUCGGACACUUUGUGUAGCCUUCAAAGAAAUUGCUUCAGAUGAUUAUGAACGGAUUAACAGACAGCUCUUAGAGGCAAAAAUGGCCUUACAAGACAGAGAAGAAAAACUGGAAAAGGUUUUUGAUGAUAUUGAGAGGAACAUGAAUUUAAUUGGAGCUACUGCAGUGGAAGACAAGCUUCAAGAUCAAGCUGCCGAGACCAUUGAAGCUCUGCAUGCAGCGGGUCUGAAGGUCUGGGUGCUCACGGGGGACAAGAUGGAGACCGCCAAAUCCACGUGCUAUGCCUGCCGCCUCUUCCAGACCAGCACCGAGCUCCUGGAGCUGACCACGAAAACCAUCGAAGAAAGUGAAAGAAAAGAAGACCGCUUGCAUGAGUUAUUGAUAGAAUAUCGAAAAAAGUUGCUGCAUGAAUUUCCUAAAAGCACUAGAAGCCUGAAAAAAGCAUGGACAGAGCACCAGGAAUAUGGAUUAAUCAUUGAUGGCUCCACAUUGUCACUCAUAUUGAAUUCUAGUCAAGACUCUAGCUCAAACAACUACAAAAACAUUUUCCUACAAAUUUGUAUGAAGUGCACGGCAGUGCUCUGCUGCCGGAUGGCACCCUUACAAAAAGCCCAGAUUGUCAGAAUGGUGAAGAAUUUAAAAGGCAGUCCAAUAACACUGUCGAUAGGUGAUGGUGCCAAUGAUGUUAGUAUGAUCUUGGAAUCCCAUGUGGGCAUAGGUAUUAAAGGCAAAGAAGGUCGCCAAGCAGCCAGGAAUAGUGACUAUGCUGUUCCUAAGUUUAAACAUUUGAAAAAACUGCUAUUGGCUCAUGGGCAUCUGUACUAUGUGAGAAUAGCACACCUUGUACAGUAUUUCUUCUAUAAGAACCUUUGUUUCAUUUUGCCACAAUUUUUGUACCAGUUCUUCUGUGGAUUUUCACAACAGCCACUGUAUGAUGCUGCUUAUCUUACAAUGUACAAUAUCUGCUUCACCUCCUUACCCAUCCUGGCCUACAGUCUACUGGAACAGCACAUCAACAUUGACACAUUGACCUCAGACCCCCGAUUGUAUAUGAAAAUCACUGGCAAUGCCAUGCUCCAGUUGGGCCCCUUCUUAUAUUGGACAUUUCUGGCUGCCUUUGAAGGAACUGUGUUCUUCUUUGGAACUUACUUUCUCUUUCAGACUUCAUCCCUUGAAGACAGUGGAAAGGUAUAUGGAAACUGGACGUUUGGAACCAUUGUUUUUACAGUCUUAGUCUUCACAGUAACGCUAAAGCUCGCGUUGGAUACUCGAUUCUGGACGUGGAUAAAUCACUUUGUGAUUUGGGGUUCCUUGGCCUUUUAUGUAUUUUUCUCAUUCUUCUGGGGAGGAAUUAUUUGGCCUUUUCUCAAGCAACAAAGAAUGUAUUUUGUAUUUGCUCAGAUGCUGUCUUCUGUAUCCACAUGGUUGGCCAUAAUUUUUCUUAUAUUUAUCAGCCUUUUCCCUGAGAUUCUCCUGAUAGUUUUAAAGAAUGUAAGAAGAAGAAGUGCCAGGAAUCCGAAUCUUGAACUGCCCAUGUUACUGUCCUACAAGCAUAUUGACAGUGGUUACAGCUAGAAAAGAAAGCAUGAAGAGUCAACUACAAAAAGUUCUCAUCUCAGGAUACUUGAUAUGCAACAGCGUAAACCACUCUUGUGUCUAGGGUUCAGAAUCAAUGUCUGUUCAGAUACCAAAUGACUCACAAACAUUUACAGUUAUUAUAAGCAGUUGUUGUGGCCAAAGCUAUCAGUUGAGAAUUAUACAAAAGUUGGAAGCAAGAAUACUUAGAAAUCUGGUGAUAGAUAGAAUAAUGUAACUACCAAAUGGGUGCACUUUUAACCCAUGAACUUCGUGAAUGGAUUUAAAUACAAUAGUAUCAAAGUAGAAGUCAUGCAAUGGGAAUGAAUAGAUUUUGCUAAAUUUUUUUUCUUUUUUUGGCCUGGCAAAAGAAAUAGACUAUAUGGGUCACACUUCUUGUUCCUGCUGAAUGAUAAAUAACCAUUUUUUCCAAAUAUAUGAAAGAAAUACUUGAAAAUACGAAGUGGUGUCAGUGCAUCAAAUGGAAUAGUCAGUUCUUUCUGUUCAUGUACAUUCAGACUGUCUCUUGGUGGAAUAUCCUUGUCAAAAAAUACCUUGAACACUUAAUGUGGAAAUGUUAACCCUGGGUAUUAGUGUGGGACCUUAAACUUGUUUUUUUCCUUACGCAUUAAACUCCA